UCUCCUCUCAUCUUUCAAAAGGACCAAGACGACCAGUUUCUGGAGGAAGAGAGGGACAGAGUCCUGACCGGGUUUGUGGUUCUCAUUCAGAAGUGGGUCCGCGGCUACUUCCAACGCAAGCGCUACAGAGCCAUGAAGGGUGCAGUGGUCGUGUUCCAGAAGAACUACAGACGGCACUACUGGCAGAGACGAUACCGCAUCAUGAAGAAAGGGUUCACUCGCCUGCAAGCCACGUGGCGGGCCCGACGACUGGCGCAGAGAUACAGACUGAUGAGACUGAGGGUCAGGGGCUUCCAGCGCUACUGUCGCGGCUUUGUUGCCCGGCGCAGGUUCCGAAGACGGCUCACCAGCAUUAUGAAACUACAGGCCCUCUUCCGAAUGAUCAUGGCCAAGAGAAGAGUGAAGCUGUUGAGGAUAGAGAAGAUGAAGAAAGACGAGGCUGAGAGGUUCCGUCGCGAGGAGGAGGAGCGACUGGGGCGGAAGAUGAGGGAGGCAGAGGCCAAGAAAGAGGCAGAGAGACUGCAUCAGGAGAGACUCAAGCAGAUCGAGGAGGAGAGGAAGAGGGAAGAGGAGAGGAUAGAGAAAGAGGCACGGUCGAGGGCCGCAGAGACUCGCAGGAAUGAGGAGCAGGCAAUACGCCGACGAGACAUGCCCGUUGAGGACUCAAAGGUCGUCGAGGAGAUGUUUGGUUUCCUUGGCGACCAGCAGCACGGAGACUAUGACCCUUCUCUAGGUCGCAUUCCAGUACCAGAGGCUGAGGAGGACCUGACGGAGUACAGGUUCCCCAAAUUUGCAGCCACGUAUUUCCAGGGCCAGGCGACCCACUCUUACCUUCGCCGAGCUCUCAAACAACCUCUCCUGGCUCUCAAGAACGAGCAAGACAAACUGGCUGCGUUGGAUAUCUGGGUGAUGAUCCUGAGGUUCAUGGGUGACAUGCCAGAGCCAAAACCGCUCGCCUCGUCAGAGAAAGAAGGACUGGCCAAGAAGGCUUUUGGGUCCAUCAGCAAAAAGUUCUAUGGUUCAAAGAUCGCUGAGGAGCUGCAGCAGCAGACAAGUCGAGAGGAGAGGAAGAAGGAGAGUCUGAGGAAGAGGAUUGCGUCCAUGACGCUCAAGAAAAAGUCAAAGUUUUCGUCUGACAUGGUGGAGGCGAUCCAGGGAGAUGGUUCGGGAGAGAGCUCCGUCGCUCUCGAGAGGCCCACCACCAACCUCGAGAAACUCCACUUCAUCAUCGGAUACGGGAUCCUGAGGCCUGAACUCAGGGACGAGAUCUACAGUCAGAUCUGCAAGCAGUUGACGCAGAAUCCGUCCAAAUCGUCUCACGCCAGAGGCUGGGUGCUCCUCUCUCUCUGUGUUGGCUGCUUCGCUCCAAGCAGCAGACUCAUCAAAUACCUCAGGUGUUUCAUAACCGAGGGUCCUCCAGGAUAUGCCCCCUACUGCGAGGAAAGACUUCGAAGAACUCAGGCAAACAACACACGCCAUCAGCCACCCUCUUGGCUGGAGCUACAGGCUACAAAGUCGAAGAAACCUCUGAUGCUGCCAAUCACGUUCAUGGACGGGAACACCAAGACCCUCCUUGCUGACUCGGCAACCACUGCCAGGGAACUGUGCACGCAACUCUCGGAGAAGAUUGGACUCAAAGAUCCAUUCGGUUUCUCUCUCUACAUUGCUCUCUUUGACAAGGUGUCCUCACUUGGCAGUGGAAACGACCAUGUGAUGGACGCCAUAUCACAGUGCGAGCAAUACGCCAAGGAGAUGGGUGCCCAAGAGAGAAAUGCUCCAUGGAGGCUCUUCUUCCGUAAGGAGAUCUUCACUCCCUGGCACAACCCCAGAGACGAUCCCGUGGGUACACACCUCAUCUACCAACAGAUUGUACGAGGGAUCAAGUUUGGUGAGUAUCGUUGUGAUCGAAAUGAGGAUCUCGCUGCGCUAGUGGCUCAGCAGUACUACAUUGAGCACGGGACAGAGUUCGCCAAAGACAAGGUGAUACACAUGCUUCCGUCCAUCAUCCCAGACUCUCUGCUGGCUGGAUCCAGCAACGACAAGUGGGCGCAAAUGGUGGCGACGUCAUUAAAAAAGGCUCCGUAUGUGAAGAAUCGAGUGGACGCAAGUCGUGUGAAGGAGGAGGUUGUCAUGUACGCCAAGUUGAAAUGGCCGCUGCUUUUUUCAAGGUUCUACGAAGCUUAUCGGUUUUCGGGACCGACGCUCCCGAAGAAUGAGGUCAUAAUUGCAGUCAAUUGGACUGGGGUUUACAUAGUAGACGACCAGGAACACGUUCUCCUGGAGUGCUCAUUCCCCGAGAUCACAAGCUGCUCCAGCAGCAGAACCAGUCGAGGCCAGGGACAGAGUUUCACACUCACAACCACCAAACAAGACGAAUACACCUUCACCUCAAUCAACGGAGAGGACAUUCGCGACCUGGUGACCUUUUUCCUCGACGGUCUCCGGAAGAGGUCAAAGUACGUCGUCGCCAUGAUGGAUUACACAAGUCCAGGUGAAGGCUCAGCGUUCCUCAGUUUUCAGAAAGGUGACCUGAUUAUCCUCGAGAGCGAAGACGGAGAAGAUGUAAUGAAAACUGGGUGGUCGGUCGGCAAAUGUGAGAGGACGCACGCACGAGGGGAUUUCCCUGCCGAGUGUGUAUACGUCCUUCCGACCUUGACACGCCCACCAAACGAUGUACUGGUGAGGAGUAAUGUUGGGUGGUCAUGUGAGCCUCGUGUGACAGUCAUGUGACUAAUCUCCCAGAUGAUGUUUGCUGAGCAGAGUCUGGAAGGCAUAGAGAGGAUCGGGCCACACAGACUGCUCUGCAGGAGACGGAGGGGAGAGGAGGAGGAGAUCUCGGAAAGCCGCACACACUCCAGCAGUUUGCUGUGGACCACUUCCGCCCUCCGCCAAAGAGGACCUCUCUCUCGCACGCUGGCCCGCGGAGGACUGCGAAAGAAGAACAGUGAACUCUGGGCCUUUGGAAGGGAUCCAAUAAAGCAGCCACUUCUCAAGAAGUUGCUCUCUCACAAUGAUGAACUCCAGCAGAAGGCAGUCACCGCAUUCUUGGCGAUGCUAAAGUACAUGGGAGACUAUCCGAGCAAGAAGCAGAGACUCAGCACUGAACUGACUGAUGCUGUCUUUGAGCAUGCACUUGUCCACGACCAGUUGAGGGACGAAACGUAUUGCCAGUUGUUGAAACAGCUCACUGAUAAUCCCAUGAAAACCAGUGAAGAGAGAGGCUGGGAACUUCUAUGGAUGGCCUCCGGAUUAUUUCCCUGCAGUUCCACCCUCCAGAAGGAGGUCAACCUGUUCCUGAGGACUCGCGUGGCCCGACAGCCUCUGGCCACUGACAUACAGCAACGCCUCUACAAAACCAUCCACACUGGCGCCCGGGCUACCCGCCUCAUCUUGUCGAAGUCGACGCUAUACAGAGCAAAACCACCCAAAUCUUCCACAAGGUGUUUUUCCCCGACGAAGUGAGCCAGGCAUUUGAGGUUGACUCCAGCACGAGAUCCAAAGAUUUCUGCUGCACGAUUGCCGACAGGCUCGGCCUUGCCAAUGCCGAGGGGUUCUCCCUGUUCGUUAUGAUCAGCGACAAAGUCAUCAGUGUUCCGGAGAGUGAUUUCUUCUUUGAUUUUGUCCGUCACUUGACUGAAUGGCUUCGCCGAACAAGAGCCAGAGAUGGGAACCCUCAAAGUUUUGCCUACCAGGUGUUCUUUAUGAAGAAGCUAUGGCUGAACACAGUGAUUGGGCGAGACCGCAAGGCAGACGUCAUGUUCCAUUACCAUCAGGAGCUGCCCAAGUACCUCCGCGGGUACCACAAGUGCUCCAAGGAGGAGGCUGCACUGCUCGGGGCCUACAUCUACCGCAUCAAACAUGGAGACAGUCGCUCACACCUCUCGCAAAUCAGCCACAUCCUGAAGGAGCUGGUGCCAUUUGACCUCCAGAGAGCCUACACCCCGGACGACUGGAGAAAGGCCAUCGCGUCCAAACUACGUCAAACAUCAGAGCCGAAACGCUGCCGAUUGCAAAAUCGGAUUCCUGAAAUACAUCUCAAAAUGGCCGACUUUUGGUUCCGCCUUCUUUGAAGUGAAGCAAACAACAGAGCCUAAGUUCCCCGAGAUCCUAACCAUUGCCAUCAACAAACAGGGAGUCAUGCUCAUCAACCCUCGCACCAAGGAAAUCCUGGAGGUGUACCCGUUCACCAAGAUCAGUAACUGGAGCUCGGGCAGUAACUAUUUCCACAUCACCAUUGGCAACCUGGUACGCGGCAGCCGGUUCCUCUGCGAGACGUCUCUCGGGUACAAGAUGGACGACCUCCUUACCUCCUACAUCAGUUUGAUGUUGGCAGCUCUCAACAAGGACCGUCGCCAUGGUAGUGGCACAGGGGGAACACGAAUGCCGAUGGCGCCGGCUCCGCCUACCAGCAGGGGUCAAAGUUCAGGAGGCAGAGGUUACGCAGGCGGAGCCAAAGUUGUAAAAGACGCAAAUAAAUAGCCGGCAAACACUUAUUUAGGCACUACUGGACAAACUAUAUCUAAUUGUGUUCACAUUAUUAAGUUUGUUUUCUGUAUAAUGCUUACGUAAAAACAUUACAUGGUAUAUAUAUAUAUAUACAUGGUAUUGUCAGGUACAAAGUGCACCAAUAAUUAGAGUUCACAACUAAAGCUAACUCACUAUAUACAUGUGGUUUUCAAGUUCAGAGUUUAUCAAGUUUUCAAUCUCCAAGGGGUGUGGUCACAGACCUAGUUCCACCAGUCGUUGGCCCCGCCCCCGCCCCCUC